UUAGUGUCACCCGGAGCACUAUAGAUGCAAGUAUAGGAGGCUGAGCUGCCACACCUAUGCACUGGGUCAUUGUAUUGCAUGGCAGCCUCGAGGCAACCACCCCUCCAACAAAACAUUCACACUCAGGCAUCAGCUCUUGGUUAUGGAGAUGGAGGGGUAAAAAUGGAAGCAUUUCAUUGGCAUAUGCCUUGCAGGCAUGUGCAUGUACUUUCAUAGGGCUGUAUUCAAACUUGCUACAUGCCUGCCACUUUCCACCGUCAGUCAGCCCGAUGCUUUCCUCUCUCUCUCUCUCUCUCUCACACAACUCCUCAUCUUACAUUCAUCUAUUUCCUUCUUUCUUUCUAUCAUCCAACAAAGUAGAGCAUCGGAAUUUCCUUGAACAAUUGCCUAUCUAUUUAUCUGCGCAUAUUGUCUCUUUCUUACCCAAGUGGCCAACCUUGGCUGACCUACAUAACCUGCGCGAUCCACCUUGCGACACAGCUUCUGGGUUGGCUGCCUACGAUUCCUGACGCCAGACCAGAUCUCUCUCUGCCUUUGAUCUAAUUCUCAAUAACCGAGCCUUUCAACUGCCUCUGAUCUCUAAUAUCAACUGAUCCAGAGAUUAAUAGUACUGGCCUUUCUUGAACUGUUGGCGUGAGCCACGUUUGUUUCACAACAAUGGAUGUCCCGAAUGACUGGCAGAUCGAACAAGCACAUGUUGCCUGGGAUGAUCUGGCUGAUCAAAGCAACCACCAACCUCAACAUAGCACUCAAACUGCUCAGCAAAGCGAGGCACAACCGCAAUCUCAGUCCCCACAUACUCAUCAUCUUCUUGGUAUAGCUACUCACUUGGCCCUCGAAGAGCCAUCACCCGCACCAGCCCCUCUAUCAAGCUGGACGGGUCCUUCCUUCAACAAAGGAAACAAUUUUUAUGGUGGCCAUUUGCCGAAACUUCUAACAACAAAGGAUGUCGAACAGACUCGGCUGUUUGAGCUCUAUCGACUGCAUAUGGUGUCCUUCGAACUCAAUCAGGGGGACACUCUUGUGUUUAUCGACUAUCCUGUCCAUCAUAAAGGCGUUCUCGACUACACCGACUGCAAUGGCAUAGUCUAUAAGUCACAGAAGUUUCAAGUUCACUCGAGCAAGCUGCUCGAUACCGGUUCUCCCAAAUUCGCUGAACUUCUUGGCCCUACAUACCAAUUCAAAAUCCAACGCCGUCGUAAGAUGGUCAACAAACUGCCCGACGGUAUCAAGUAUUUGCUUGAUCUGACUCCACCCUCGGAAGGAGAUGAGUUAGUGUUCCAGAUGACCGAGCUGUCUCUAACUCCUGGGAUUAUUAAAUGGUGGAGCUCACAUAUUCUUAAUGGCGUUGAUCCAUUCUUAGUUUGUGGCCAUGAUGAUAUUUGUAAGUGCAACAGACAGCCGAAACGCGCAGAAAACAACAAAGAUAUCGACGCAAAUGCCGAGCAUGACAGCACAACACCCACUGAGGCGAACGCAAACACCGGCUACAGGCUUAAAUCACUGAAGCUUGAUCCAGAGCGUGCGCUACAGCUGAAAGCAACGAAUAAAAAUGCGUACGAGACACCUCUAUAUCGGCAAAUUCCUGAUUAUUGCCCAAUUCGCCACCGAAAUGGCAUCGUGAGGCUGCUCAUGUUGAUCGAAGGCAAAGGAUGUAUCCUGGAUUCGGCCCCGAGAUUGUUCACCAUCUUGAAGUUGAGUUGCCUCUUCGAAUGCAGCUCCAUGCUUACCGACCGUGUUACCCAAUGGAUAAUGCACGGCCAGAACACUGCUUUUAUUGAGGUCUUGCCCGAGGAAGCCUUGCAAAUUGGGUCUCUGCUCAAGAUUCCUUCUGUAAUGGACUCUGCUUUCAGGAUCCUCGUCAACGAGCUCGCCCUCAAACUGGCUGACACCAACCCAGCGAACAAUAUUGCCCACAGCCAGACGACGGUAUUUGGGAGACGACUGGGCCAACUUCCCGAUGAACUCAGCAACAUUGUGCAGCAUGGGGCACAAGCACUCGUCGAUAGAGUAUCAGAAAUCAACAAGACCUACACGAACCCAAAUUUGUUCGCUUCAUGGGACAUUGAUGAAUGGGCCAAGCUGCAAGUAACCGAGCAGCUCCUUGAGCAGGAAAACAGCCCUUUGAGCCAAAUUGCUUUGGGAAAGCUUCGUCUUCUCAUGAGUGCUCUGACUCGCGAAUUUACGCACGCAUGGGAGGAGGCGAUAGAAUCAGCACCAGUGGAUAGUCAUUCAACAUACAACGGAAUAGACCGAGACCGCCUGACAUACGUGGAACCCAAGGAUUUUGACAAUAUGACUUGCCUCAUGAUGUUGUUUAAUCCGAUUCAGAUGCUACUCUGUGCUGUGCCCUACAAUGAUCUCGGUGUUGAACUGGAUAAUCAAAGAUGGAAUCACAGCAGGUGCAAACUGGAUGGAUACAAGCACAAAUCAUACAGCGGUCUUGUGCAAGAAGCAACAGACGCCCUCGACGACUUUCUUGCAUGCACGCCGGGGCUAUCCAACAAUCUGUUAUGGAGCCGUAUUCUUACACUCGGAGACCGCGAAUUCCCAGAAAUGGGUACGCGUCCUUCACGCAUACCUAUCGUAUCACUAAAUACCCUUGAAGCUGCCGUGAAAGAUAGGCUGAGGCCGCUAACUCUUUCGUGGAGACGAGAAAAUUUCUGGCCUCCUCUCAACUUGACCCGCCAUUUACUCCUCACUCUCACCGAAAACGAACUCAAAUACCUUCCUCUGUGGUGUGGAGGUAAUGAUGACGGAAGCGGAGGCGUAUUUGGGGACGCAAUUCCCUCAGCAGACUUGCUGGUGGCACCCAAUGGCCCUGGACCUAGUUUCCAUACAGGUCACACGAUAUCAACCCCUUCGAGUGUCUGUGGUUCCAUCAUCGAGGACAUGGAUGCGCUACGAGUCUGGGGUAGUACGUCCGCUGCUUCAAUGACCCAAGACAGACGCAUCGCGUUAGAGUCUUCUUUUACCCUUGGUGAGUCUGAUGUUGAGUUCACGGACGCCAGAUACGCCAUGCCCGCGGACCAUCAGACAAUGGGCGAAGCGGUCAACAUGACGGUCGAGACAACCGACUCCGAGUCAGCGUCCGCAAUCGAAGCCUUGAGCUCAAAAAGAGAUGACAGUGAUGAUGAUGACUGCAUGUGGGACUCUGAUGACAGUGAUGACACGAUUGCCUAAUGAUGUUUAUUUUCUUUUUUGGAACACGAUAAAGGGGUAACGACACCAGGAUCCAAAGAAAAAGGAGUAUUCUCCUAUAAAUGGGAAUGCAUAUCUCUCAGAUACUUGUGCAUAUAGAUUGGGAACAUGGCUACUAUCACUGGCUUUUGGUCUUAAGUGAAAUGGUCAACAGCUCUUGUGAGUGCUCAUAGAUCGUGUCGCUCCCUGUG